AUGAUGGCUGUUCCUGUUGCUGUCACAUUUCAUUUUCUCAAUGAAUAUAAUGGCGGUGGUAAUGAAGAUGACAAUGAUGAAGAUAAUGAUCAUAAUGAUAGUGAUGAUGACAAUAAGAGGGAUAAUCUAGAUAAUGACAAAGUUCACCCUGCCUACCACCAUGACAGGGAAAACAAGGAUCGAGUGGAGUUCGCCAGGAUCCACCCUUCUAGUAGUUGCCACGGUGACCUGACCUCCCACCUCCUGGUUCCAGCCAACCAGUUAGGGCCGGACCCUGCUGCACACGCUCACCACCACUGGAUGCAGAGGACGGGAAGUCCAUCCCUCUGGAUGGGGCAUUCAUAUGGUCUAAGCCAUGUGGGAAUGAGCCCCGGCUUCCCAACAGGUCUCCCCAGCCCUCUGCAGCCCGUCUUGGGGUCACUUACCCAAGACCCUAACUCCCAGCUGGUGGUUCUUCCGGCAGAACCAGGGCCUCAUCAUCAUCUCGAUGUUUUGGAGCAGUCAGGACUGUGGCCUCCUGUCUACGGUGGCCGCGGCCCCCCUCCUCACCUGCAGCAUCACCCUGUCUACUCCCGCUCCUCAUUCCUACGGCAACAGGAGCUGUAUGCCCUGCAGCACCAGCAGCAGCAGCGAGUCAUGGAGCACAUGCAGCGCCACACCAUGGGACAGAGAAAACAUGACGAGCAUCCUAUCACUAUAGAAGACUCUCCUCAUGAGUCUUCAGCGUCCCGCUCUGCCUCCUCAUCCUCCUCCACCAACUCGUCUCAUGCAGCCAAGCCCUUCUCUCACACUCCUCCUCCACCCAAGACGCCCACGCCGUCUCCGGGGAUGUGUCCCUCCAGCCGCCACUCACCCUGCUACCACUCCCCGUCCAGGCGACCGCACCCGCCGAACCCUCUGACUCCUGCUCCGAGCCCAGCUGCCGCGGCUCCCCGCUCCCCAGCACUCAGCCCCGCUCCCUCGCACCUCUCCAAGGGGCUGGAGAGAGGCAGCGACAGAGGAGAGGGACAGCCGCCUCAGGACUACCCACAAUCCCUAGAGCCAGACUUGCCACCUGUUUACUCCUACCCUCCGAUCGCCAUGGGUUACAAGGCCGGGCCCUCACCUGUCGAAGCCCGAUUGGCUGAACAGGCCACAGUGGAGACAGAGCCAGCAGAGCCCGACUCCAAGUCCCACCCACAUCCGUGCCACAUCCAGCCUCUCACACAAGAAGAAGAGAGCAGGGAAGAAGAGGAGGAUGGAUCGAGAGACUGUGAAGUGGUGGAAUUUCAGAGUGGAAUCACUGAGGAAGAGGAGGGGGAAAGAAGGGCGGAAAAGAGAGGAUGCUCUGUCUCCGAGCCAGGGAGCAAGAUUUCUGGAUUGCUGCCAUGCCCUUCCCCGGCUCCAGUCCCAGAUCCAGCCAGCCGGGCCACAGCCACGGGCAAAGCCCUAAAAGUAGAUCUCUCCCUGGGUUAUCCGGGCCAGAAGGCCAGCCUGGAGGAGCCCCAGCUAUCCAAAGAGCAGGAGGAUGAUAGGGAGCAUGGAAAGGAGGACACGGGGGAGGAGGAGGGCGAGAGAAUGGAGCCCGACACAACAGAAUGUAACGUCUUUGUGCCUGGAGAGCCCAAAGAGGAGGAGAAAGGGGAGGAAGAGGAGGACGGGGACAAAAAUGGAAAGGAUGUAGAGGUGGCUGUGGAUGAGGAGGAAGUGAGAGGGAUGAGUCCCGUCAAGGACCUGGCGGAAGUCCUGUGUAGCUCUCCUGCUCCCUCCCCGGCCUCCGACCCCUUCCUGCCUCCCUUAGCAAGCACAGCCGCCCAGCUCCAAGGGGCCUACAUGUGGAGCCUGGAGCUGCUGAUUGCUGCCGCUCUGUGCGCCACCAGGGAUGCCUUGUACCCACCUGCACCUGUCGCCCGGGCCCUUAGCCCCCCAACCAACAAUGGCAUGGAGAUACUGGGAGAGCUGGCUGAGUUGGAGAUUCAGCAGAGGAACAGGGAGAAGGACGAGGAGGACGGCAGCUACGACAGUGACAACGGACCUGGUGACAUCAAGAUGGGCUCGUGCUCUAAAGAAACACUCACGAAUCCUGCUGGGAUUUCACCGGUGUCCUCACAAUCCUCCAAGCUCCAGACAAACCAGAGAGCAAGGAGUAAGAGGCCAGGGACUUCAGGCAUGGAGGGCAUGUCCAGUACAGACGAGAGGACAGCACCCAGAAGACAAAGCCCUGCCAGCACAGAGAGGAGACGCCCCGACCACCACAGGAGUAAAAGAGCAUCUCUGCUUCGCUGGGGUGUGUCAUCAGUGGGCUGCAGCUUUGGGGACGGCCGGGGGAACCAUGGAGCUCAGAUGGAAGCAAACAGGAGCAGCAAGGAAGCUUUGAAGAAGACCUCAGCAGGACAGGGCAUUCUGGAGAAGGUUAAGGGCCACGCGGUGAGCCGACUCCUACAGAGCUUUGCGGCUGACGACGGCUUUCGCUUGGAUGAGGAGAGCAGCUUCUCUGAGGGAGAGGAGGAGGAAGAGGAGGAAGAGGAGGAGGAGGAGGAGGGGGAGGAAGCGAAGGAGAAGAAGUUGAUCCACCUUCCUCCCAACAUGCCAUGCAGAAUACCCGCCCUUCCUAACUGUGUGCUGAGUAAAGAGAUGUUGGUGGACGGGCUAAAGAUCCUGAUCUCUAAGGAGGAUGAGUUGCUGUACGCCGCCUGUGUCCAAACUCUGGACCUGCCUGACAUAUUCAGUGUUGUCAUCGAAGGAGAACGAGGUAAUCGCCCCAGGAUCUACUCGUUGGAGCAGCUACUACAGGAAGCAGUGUUAGACGUGCGUCCCCAGACUGAAGCCAUCCUGACGGCAGGGACGCGAGUUUGUGCCUACUGGAGCGAGCGAUCUCGCUGUCUUUACCCUGGAUAUGUCCACCGAGGAGGUCCAGGUGAGGUGGAGAAGGAGGGCAGUGUGAUGGUGGAGUUUGAUGAUGGAGACAGAGGAAGGAUCUCACUCGCAAAUAUUAGACUUCUGCCGCCCGGAUACCAAAUCCACUGUGCGGAACCCUCUCCGGCACUUCUGAUCUCACUUGGUCGGCGCGGUCGCCGAGGCUCCACCCAGGAGAAAAAAGACAUGCCUUCAGAGAAACCAGCCAAUGAGGAGACAGCAGGAAGACCCCAGGAGAAAAGACCAGUUGGCAGACCGAAGAAAAUUCACUCAGUGCCUAAGACUGCCAGCACAGUGACGUCAGUAACAGACACUGGAACCAAAAAUACCACCUCUUUGAUGAGUUGGUCCAUGCCCAGGAAAAGACCUCCAGUUGACUUCUUCCUCUUCAAUGGGACCUCCCGAAAGACACAGAGAAAAAUACGAGAGCGAGACAUAGGAAUGUUUCAUCGGCCUGCCUCUCACCCUCUUGUAGCCCCAGCCCCUGUCAAAGGUAUCUUUGGCUCUCCUUUUGUAGUCGAUUCAUUCAGUAGCAUCGCGAAUGGCUACUCUGCGUUUGGAAGCAGUGGAAACUCUGGAGGUGGGCGCCCAGCCACCACAGUUGCUUCCAUGGGACUCCAUGACUCCUCCUCUUCUUCCUCAGCUGUCACCACAGCAAUUGCAGCUGGGAGUAGGAAGCCAGUGAGUGAACGAGACAGGAAACAGUUUCUGGUGAAACUGGACCAUGAAGGAGUGACCUCUCCUAAAACAAAGAAUGGCAAGGCCUUGCUUCGAUUUGGAGGAAACGGAGGAAGAGGAGCACCACUGCGAUACAUCCACCCAUCCAUGCUGGUGAAGGACGGCAAGAAGACGAGAGGAGAAAGAGAUGGUGCUGUGGCCCAAUCUGAGGCUCUUCUAAAAGGGGCUCCACCUCAAAGAAAGGAUCUUCUGUCAGCAGCUGUAGGCGUCCAAGGUGGGGAUUACAAUUUGGACUACCCAAGCGACUGCCCCAGCUCCUACUCUGAGCUGGAUGAGGAAGAUGAGGAUGAUGGUCAAGGUGUUGAAGCACGUAGAAGAGGUGCACCAGUGACAUCCCACCGUGGUGGUCGUUUUCUCUCUCGUCUCUCUGCUUGCUUCUCCUCAUCUUCCUCCUCUUCUUCCUCCUCUGGUUCUAUCUCCUCAUCGUCCCUCUGCUCUUCAGACAACGAUUCCUCCUACUCCUCUGACGAAGAGUCCUCCUCUGUGCUGCUGCGCCGUGCACUGCUCCAGCAGGACAAACACAAACACAGGCAGAACAUGAAGUCUGACCAACCAAACCCUGACCCUACAACCUCCAACUCUGCCUCUGGCCCGGCUCACGGCUUUGUGGCCAAAGCCAACAUGGCCGUCUCUGGGUCGAAGGGGAGAGCUGACAGAGCAGAAAGCAGGAAGGAGUUCAUGUCAAAAGGAAGUAUGACGGCUAACAGUAGCACGGCAAAGACCCAUCUAAAGAGGAAAGAAGCAAUUUCUAACAGCCACCAUCAGAACCAAAGCAGUCCUGUGAACCAGCAGCCGAAACCUGCUGCCAAGGACCCGGUCACAACAAAGAGGCAGAGGAUGUCUUCACCUGAGCCUCUGCCCAACAUGGCUCCCCUGCUACAUGGGCGCCAGCUGUGGAAAUGGUCUGGCAACCCCACACAGAGAAGAGGUCUGAAGGGUAAAGCCCGCAAGCUUUUCUACAAGGCCAUCGUGAGGGGCAAGGAGACGGUGCGUGUCGGGGACUGUGCCGUGUUCCUGUCACCUGGUCGGCCACAGCUGCCUUACGUGGGCCGGGUGGAGAGCCUGUGGGAGUCGUGGAGCUCCAGCAUGGUGGUCAGGGUCAAGUGGUUCUACCACCCGGAGGAGACUCGUCUGGGGAAGCGACACCGUGAUGGCAAGAAUGCUCUGUAUCAGUCAAGUCACGAGGACGAGAAUGACGUGCAGACCAUCUCCCAUCGCUGCCAGGUGGUCAGCAAGGCAGAGUAUGAUCACCAGAUGCGUGAACGCAAGACGGGGAACACGGCGAACGACCUCUUCUACCUGGCCGGAACAUAUGAACCAACCACUGGCCAGCUGAUCAGUGCAGACGGCAUGGCCAUUGUUUCCUAGAUCCAGCAACCAUGGAGAGAAAUCUAAAUAUGAGACACAGGCUCUGGAGUCAGCUGCCUCCAGGAAGGGACAGAGGGAAAUCAAGACAAGAGUUUCAGCUCUGUAUAUUCAUCUGUCCCUUGUAAGCUAAGGAGCUAGCCCACCGGUUAAAGUCCGGCAGUGAUGGCACUUAAGAAGAGUCCGGUUUGUUCUGGACGGUAAAUAUUCGGAUCCAUGUCAGAUUUAACCUUUUUAUCAGACAUGGACUGAGGCUCCUUGUUGCAGGCGGAGUCAGCCUUCCCUCUCUGCGACUGAAAUAACAAAAGUAUCUCGCCACAGCGUCAAGAUUACUGCAACGAGAGAACGGGAACCAUGGACGUGAGCACUUUGGAGCACAGUAGCUUGGAGGGAGGGUGGUGGGUGAUUUUCGAUUUCUGAGACAAAGACAGACUCAGAGAGCAGGAGAGACUGUAUGGUAAGGGGAGACUUACUGUAAACCACACUGGUUUGGAUGGUUGUAAUGGUCUUAUACUGGUAGUAUGUUGAUGACAACGAUAACACAAUGUGGGAGAUGCCCAACAGGACCAAAAAGCACUGUUGUUCGGACUUGUGUGUAAAUGUUUGUGUGUGUGUGUUUGCAGAGUGGCUGUGUUGACCCUGUUUGGCAUUUAAUGAGCUCUAAGUAAAUAGUGCUUUAGUGUGCGUGUGUUUGUAUUGUAUGUGUGUGCGUGUGUGUGGUCAUGCACGUGUACUCCUGUGCUCAUCAAGCAAAGAUGACGUCAUGACACACUGUCUUUAAUACUCAGAAUAUUAAUCCAUACAGUACUUAAAGUGCAGUUUUCAGUCCUUCCGACAGAAACAUCCAACAUUUAUUAUUUUUGUUUUCUCCUGUCAAGCCAUACACGUCAAUACCUCUCUCUCGUAUCCUCCGAUUCAGGUGCGAAGACACAUGUACAGGUAGUUGGAUUGUUUAUUUGAACUGUGGGUGCGUGUUGGAGUGCGUGCUAAGCGAGCGUGCGAGCAUGGUUUGUACAGCAUUAUUGUAUAAAAUAACAUGUUGUAAAUAGUAUACAUAUAUAUUUGUUCUUUUUUGUUUUCUUUUGCAGAGAUUAUUUUAUUUAGAUUUUUUUAGGGUGUGUGUGGGUGGGUUUGGGAGGGUCUGGCAGAGGGAGGAGGUUGGGUUAAGUUUCUCUCUCGAUGCACUGAACAGGAUCGGAGGCUUGGACUUGUACAACUGAUGUGAAGACUUAGUGGUUGUAAGCCCUGCUUUAGGGAUGAAUACGUAGAAAGGGCGUUUGGGAAAUGUUUUUAUAAGGAAAUCAGAAAAAGGCUCUUUUUAAACAUGUGUCCAAAAUCCCUUCUUUUUUAAUUAUUUUGCUUUGUUGGGUUAAGAAUGGUCAUUUCCUGUUGGGAGCUUUUUUCUUCACAAAUACUGGAAAAGAAACUGAGUUUCUGCUGUUCUCAGAUCCUGAAAGAAUCUAGUUCUUCUCUAUCUAUUUUAUCCUGUAUUUCCUAUAUGAAAUGUAGAUAUUUAUCUGGCAUCAAAACUAAACAUACCAAAGCACCUGUGAGUUUACGCUUCACCGCAUUAGAAGGAAAAUUAUUUUAUGAAAAUAGACAUAAAAAAUGACGUUCAAUCAAAUCUGAAUCCGGGACCCCUGCAAUCACCGAGGUAUUUGAAGUAGCGUUCCUCUCGGUGUCUGCUCAUGUUCACUCAGCGUUGCUAUGACAGCCCUCGGAGAAACGUUGCAGCAACAUUGUCUGCGUGCUGCCCAGCUGAUGCACUUGAGGUCUCUAUGGCAACCAGAAUGGCAUCACGUGACUGUGAAGGACAAUCAGAGCCAAUCAAUGGGACGAUGGUGAGAGA